ACCACGAGCAUUACUGAAAUAACAAAACCGAGCUUAUGACAUGUCAAACCGAAAAUGAAACCGAGCGCGAAUUUCUUAAUUUUUUACGGCGCGUUUUGUGUUUUACCAGUUUGUCGGUGCGAUUUUUGGGAAUAUUUCAUCGGGCCCCGGUUAUCGACGGCGAAUGGCAGCGAACGAGCGGCGCCAAAAGUUACGGAUCAGCUUGUGAGAAGUUACGGUUACCGUUUGGACACGCAUCUGGUGGCGUCACAGACGGGACAUAUUUUGACACUCCAUCGAAUACCAAGAGGUCGAAAGUCAGCGGGUACUAAACCCAGACCAGUUGCCUUCAUCCAUCACGGCUUAUUCGGCUGCUCGGAUAUGUGGCUUUCGAGAGGGCCCCACUUGGACCUACCCUACAUUUUGGCAGAUUCGGGCUACGACGUGUGGUUGUUUAACACGAGAGGAAACGUUUAUUCCCGCAAACAUAAAUUUCUAGAUCCGGAUCGCGAUGCCGAAUAUUGGAAUUUUGGAAUUGAAGAGAUGGGUUAUUACGAUUUGCCGGUCACUAUCGACUACAUUUUAAAUAUAACGAACCAGAAGGAUUUGUUUUAUUUGGGACACUCGAUAGGGAGCUCAACUGGAUUUAUUGCUUGCUCGUUACGGCCGGAGUAUAAUAACAAAAUUCGCCUGUUUAUCGCUUUAGGACCUUUAGCACACAUCAGGCAUCCGCUCAAUUUAUUGCAUAAGGGUUUGUUUUCGUUGCUAUCGCCGGCUUUGUCUCUGGUGGAGUCAAUGAGCAUCUACGAAAUCUGGCCGCGGCGACUCCAUGUAAGUAAACUCGUGGAAGCAGCUUGUGAAGACGGCUCUCCGUUGCAGAAAUUGUGCUUGAUGUUGAUUUUUUCCGUCGUUGGAGAGGACCCGAGUCAACUAAAUACAACAACGUUUCCUAAUUUCGUUCAGUAUUAUCCUGCUGGUACUUCCCUCAAAGUCGUGGCUAAUAUCGUAGAGUAUUACACGAGUGGUGAAUUUGCGAGGUAUACAACCGGUAAAACAGUUCCUUUUAUUUACGAUUUGGCUAAAGUCACGGCCCCGGUGGCUCUUUAUUACGGUCCUGGUGACUUGCUGGUGACUCAAGAAGACGUGGAUUAUUUGGGCCAACGUCUGGGGAAUGUGACUGGAAAGUUUAAAAUUCCUUAUAAACAUUUCAAUCACUUAGAUUUUGUGUUAGCUAAUAAUGCCCGAAGUUUUUUGUACAACGAUUUGUUACAUGUGAUGGAAAAGUAUAAAUAAAGCACUGAA